CGGACACCUAUGCGCGCUGGAGCAAGGGUCCGCGAGCGCAGAAUCUACAACUCAACGUGGCUCGGUUCUUCAUGUCGUACUGCAGCCGUUGGUCGUUGGAGCGUCCUUUCCAGACGACAAUGCUAAAGUUCUUGACGCUUUUUGGAGGUCACUUUCGGUUUCAGCCCAAGCUAAAAGAGAUGAAAAGGCUGCGAAAUGUCUGAAGAAAACUCCUGCUGUCCUCGCGAACACGCAUGAUGCCAAUGCGCUCAUCUCUAGUGGUUUACAAUCCAUGCAAGAGCUCUACCCGAAGCGAUUACAGCAUCUGCGUAACCAAAUGGCUCGUUCCAUACCAAGUGACGGCAAGAAUCUUACUGUGUUCUUGCUCUCUGAUUUCCACUUCUUCGACUAUCUCCACUUGAAGGACGCUGUGACCCUCGAGCGCAUGGUCAUGGAGGGUUGGGC